AUGGCUUCAAUAUUAAGACGUGCUUUAAGCCAAGCAAUAAAAAAAAGAAAUGUGUAUAAAACUUCUUUUUUACAAAUCAGCACAGAUUCAAAAAUAUUAACAUCAGUUUUUAAGGAUUUAGAAGAUUCAAAUCAUACAAUUAAUGAAUUUGUGUGGCAAAACUUGGACAGAUGGCCAGACAAAACUUUAACAGAGUGUGCAACUACAGGCCACGGAUAUACAUACGCACAAACACAUCGUAUGUCGAUAAACUUUGCUGCGUCGCUCCGGACGAAAUUAAAGUUGAGGAAUGACGACACAGUCGCCAUAAUACUACCGAAUGUUCCAGAAUAUCCCUGUAUUUCACUGGGAAUAUUGGAAGCUGGGUGUAUAAUCAGUAUGAUGAAUCCUGCGUACAGCACUCAUGACUUACAACGCUAUCUGGAAAUGAUAAAAUGCAAAGCGAUUGUAUCAUCAAAGCUAUCGUAUCCGAACAUCGCAGAGGCCCUGAACUCUAUGCAGAAGAAACUACCUAUUAUACUCAUAGACAACGAUGAGCUACCAGGGACAACAAUAAGAUUCUCAGAGUUCGCCAAUGACUUGAAUGUUGACGUGGACUGUUUGAAAGCCGUGAAACGGAGUGCAAAAGAUGUCGCCUUAAUGCCUUUCUCGAGUGGUACAACAGGUUUUCCGAAAGCCGUUGUUUGCACUCACAAAUCUGUUGUGGACUUAAACAAAGCCAUACUAGAUCCGAAUGUUAUUUAUGUGGAGGAGGCUACAGCUAAUUAUCAAUCAGUGAUGCCGGGAGUGUUGCCAUUUUUUCACAUAUUUGGCUUCAACCUGCUUAUGAUGAGCUUGAUGUGUGUGGGUGUUAAACUGGUAACAAUAAGUCAGUUCAAGCCUGAAGUCUUUCUGGAGACCCUGGUCCGACAUAGGACUCAACAUAUGUACGCUGUUCCACCUAUGAUAAUAUUUCUGGCAAAACAUCCGGCUGUGACGCCCGCCCAUCUCCAGUCUCUCAAAAGUAUCGUGUGCGGAGCGGCCUCUUUAGCCAAAAGCGACGUUGAAGCUCUGCUAAAGAAAAACAGGAACAUCAAAUUCCGUCAAGGCUACGGUCUGACUGAGACCAACGGUGGCUUAGUAAUUGGACGCAAUGAUGACACGAAUUAUGCCUCUGUUGGACAUCCAGUUGGGAGUUGCCAGAUUAAAAUUUCUGAUCUCAAAACCCAGGAGGCGCUUGGGCCAGGACAGGAAGGUGAGAUUUUGGUCCGUGGCCCGGUGCUCAUGAGCGGAUACUAUGAGAACGAAGAAGCUAAUAAGGAAGUGUUUACAUCAGAUGGCUGGUUAAAAACCGGUGAUAUCGGCAAAUACGACGAGAAUAAAUAUUUGUAUAUCACUGACCGGCUAAAAGAACUUAUUAAGGUGAAAGGAUUCCAAGUACCGCCAGCAGAGUUGGAGAUCAUUCUUCGAACUCACCCUAAAGUCCUGGACUGCGCUAUCGUAGGUAUUAAGGACCCGAUAAGCGGUGAGGCGCCUAAGGCCUUCGUAGUGCCACAAGCCAAACAGACCAUUGACCCGAAGGAAUUAUUAGAAUACGUGAACACACAAGUAGUGGCGUUUAAAAAAAUUAAAGAGGUUCAAUUUGUGACUGAGAUACCUAAAAACCCCGCUGGUAAGGUUUUAAGACGCAUUAUCAAGGAAAAGUAUUGUUAA